AUGAUGGAGUCGCUUGCGUCCACAAUAUCCGAGACAGCGUCAGUCAUAGAAAUCCAUGAUGAUCUUGCCCUCAUAGACAACAUCAACAAUAAAUUGAGCAGUUUGGACAACUAUAAACAACACGAUAUAGAGACUCUAAAUCUUCGGCUCGAAGAAUUACAGCAACAGCUGGACAAUAUAGUUGCUUCCAUCAAUACGUUGAAAUCGUCAACUGAUGGCAAGGCAACAAGAACAGAAUUAAACAAGCUAAACAACGAAAUCUUCAACUCGGCAAGAAACCUAACAUCUUUGAAUAUGAAGAUAAACUCUCUUAAACUCUCGUAUAAUGAAAACCUGAGGAAGCUAGACUCUUUAGAAUCGGACUUGGCUGCCCUAACGGAAAACUUUAUCAACCACACCUCGUCGGUUUCGAUGGAUGCCGGCCCUCAAGAUCCCAGACUUAUUGAGGAGAACUCCAAUCUAAUCAAGUUGAAGUUGUACCAAUCUCUAGGACUCAAGAUCAAUUUCCAAACAGGAGAGGUGCUGAUUCUCAAUAAAAAGAAGAAAAACAUCACGCUCUUAAAACUAGACGACAGCUACACUGAGUAUUUUAUAUCGAACUUCAUUUGGGACAACAUAUAG